AUGGAGGACUGUACGUUUCCGCCCCUGGGAAAGAUCAUUCUGUUUGGCGAGCAUGCCGUGGUCUACGGACGGACGGCAAUCGCUGGCUCGAUUGAUUUACGAACGUAUGUGAGUCUUUUCACCUCAGCAGACGGCCGAAUCUACUUGAGUCUACCAGAUCUUGGUGUAGAGAAGACGUGGCUUCUCAAAGACCUCAUAAAAGCAGCAGAUCGGCUCGCAGCCGAACAUCCUGUCGAAGAGGAGCAGCCCCCAUCACUUGAGCUUUUGGUGCCGAUCGCUCGGAAGUUGUCCGGGUCAUGUGAGGAUCAGUGCGGUGUACAGCAUCUGGCCAUCCUGGCCUUUUGGUAUCUGCUCCUCGGUGUUGCACAUAGAAAGAGGGAUCUACUCGCUGUCAAGGCUACAGUUCGCUUCAAGUUGCCCAGCUGUGUAGGACUGGGUUCAUCG